UUUGUUUCUCUCCACUCAACUCACUAUAUAAAAAAUGUGGACAAACGACUAAACCAUCCUUCCCACAAAUCAUUUCGUCCAUCGAAAAUGGCUGCGUCCUUGAGCCACCGAAGUAUGAUGUUGUCGACGGCUCUGUGUAGAGCUGGCACUGCCGUUGCCACUAAUUCAGGAACUCGAGCACUUCAUGUCACUUCAGUGUGUUGCAAGAAUCGAGCAGCCCGCAUUCGUGUAAGGAAAGGAGACCGACCACUGACCUAUGAGGAAGCCCUCCAUCCACAUCACAUUGGCCACCGCAAAGGCUGGUUAUCCCUGCACUGCAGUAAUCUAAAAGAGGAGGAGGGUGCAGCUGAGCGUACAGUGGAGGAUGUGUUUGUGCGACGCUUUAUGUUUGGAACUUUUCACAACUGUCUGGCCAAUGAAAUAGUGAUAAAGAGGCGUGGCAAUUUGAUGUUGGUAUGUGCCCUGAUGUUGCACAAAAUGCCCCCACAGAAGUUUUACUUCUUGAUUGGCUACACAGAAGAGCUACUCUCCCACUUCUACAAAUGCCCUGUCAAGUUGGAAAUUCAGACCCUGGGCCAGAAGGCCGUUUACAAAUACCUUUGAGGAUCCACUACUGGUCAUGAAGACCUGAAAGAAGGGACUUAUAAUCAACAGAAGCUGUACACCACAGACGUUGUGAUGUCAUUUGAAUUGUUCUUGGCCGCUAGCCAGUCCAGUGUUGUUCAAAAGCCUGUAAGUCAUCCAAUAAUACAAUGGGAAUAGAUAUCUCUUUUAAAAUCAUGCUGGUUAGCGAUCUAUAUUUCACAACUGCUGAAAAUUGCAUCUGGUUUUAUAAGCAUGUGUAGGAAUAAUAAAAAUGACUUUCAUUGCU